GGUGUGCGAGAUGGACCUCACCACGGCCAUGGAACAAGCAAAGAUGGCGUGCAGUUUCUUCUUUAACAACCGAUUUGAGGAAGCGCGCGCCCUCAUGAGACCCUGGGCACACAAGAGCAUGUACCACGCACUCGGCUAUGGGACCUUCAUGUACCUCCAGGCGAUAAUGACUUUCGAUCCUAAAGAUAUAGAAAUAGCUGUUGAUGCCCUGAAGCAGAGUGUGGAUGUAUGCAACCGCUUCAGAAGGAAGAACACCCUGGGAGAGUCCUUGGGGAAGAUGGUCAAGAAAACAGACUACAGCACCUACUCUAAGGUGGAGAUCCAUGCCGAGCUGUGCUACGCAGAAUGCCUCCUCCUUAGGGCUGUCCUGAGCUUCAUGGAAGAUGAGACCUUAAUUAGCUUCCUCAAGGGUGGCAUGAAAAUCCGAGCUUGUUACCAGUCUUACAAGGAGUGCUGGUACAUUCUAGAAGGGCGAGACUGGAGCCAAGACGAGGAUAAGAUGCAUUUUGAGUCUGGUGUUCGCAUGGGCGUCGGGGCCUUUAAUCUGAUGAUCUCUCAGCUUCCACAGAAGAUACUUAAGCUCCUAGAAUUUGUUGGAUUUUCAGGGAAUAAGCACUUAGGCCUAGCUGAGUUAGAGAAGGGAUUCUACCUUGAGGGUUCUCUUCGACGUGUCUUAUGUGCCCUUGUGCUGCUCGGGUACCACCUCAUUGCUACCUACGUUCUCGGUACUUCUGAAGGAGAUUUGGAAAUGGCACAAAUUAUCCUUGAUGACCAUUUGAAGCUCUACCCCAAUGGAGCCUGGUUCCUCUUCUUUGCUGCUCGCUUGGAGUAUGUCAAAGGGAACUUCGACCUGGCCAUUGAGAAGUACAAGAUCUCCCUGAACAGCCAGGACGAGUGGCGCCAGUUCCACCACUUGUGCUACUGGGAGCUUAUGUGGUGCUGCAUCAUGAGUGCAAGAUGGAAAGAAGCACAAGACUAUGCAGACAGACUGCUUCAAGAGAGCAAGUGGUCCAAAGCAACAUAUGCCUACCAAAAGUGCUGUUGCAUGUGCAUGAGGAUGGAUGAGUUGACACCAGCAGAGAAGCAAGAACUGGCAGAAACUAUGAGGACCAUUCCAGGCCUGAAACAACGCAUUGCCGGCAAGAGUCUUCCAAUUGAAAAGUUUGCUGUGAAAAAAUCUGCCCGGUUCUUUGCACAGGGAGAAACACUUACCCUCUCAGGUCUUGAACUUAUCUACGCCUGGAAUGGAUUCAAGAUUCUUGCCAAGAGAUAUGAAAAUGUAGAAAAGAUGUUCAGCAUUAUCGAAAGAGAAAUGAGACGAAUGGAGUCUAUAAAAGUACCUGACCGUGGAGACUACUACUGGGACGACUACCUUUUGGCCCACUUGGUAAAAGGCUCGUGCUUAGCCUACAUGAACUCUCCCCUGCAGGCAGAGGAAUGUUUCAAGUUCAUUGUUAAUAAUGAGAAGAAGAUCAAGGAGGACAACUACCUGGUUCCCAACGCCCUUCUGGAACUUGGUCUUCUCCUCCUGCGGGCUAAUGAUCUCGAACAGUCUCGGAUCAUCCUGGAGCAUGCAAAAUCAAACUACAAGAGUUACUCCCUGGAAUCUCGCUUACACUUCCGCAUCCAUGCGACCCUCAAUAAGAUCCACAGCAUCCAGAAGGGAAACCCUGGUGAUGGCAUAGGCCCCAUGGAAGGCUACCCCUCCAUCAGCAGGUCCCCCUCCCCAGCCAUCACCAAGACCUCGAACACAGCCACGAAUGGCAAUGAAAGUCACUUAAAUGGAUCAUCAGGCAAACACGUACAAGCCGUAGGAACUCAUCUGUGAUCACUUUGAUACCAAGGUGCAUACCAAGGACUGGUUUGGAAGUUUUUUUAAAAAGUUUAUUUUCUAGAUUUCUCGAGCAUCGGUGAUGCCGAGUAGAACACAAGCCAGGUGUCUCCCUAUUUUUUUGAGUGUAAAAACAAAACAAAACCAAUAAACAAAAAAAAAAAAGAGAAAAAAAUUG